GAACCCCGCCGGCCGCGCAGCGCCGCGCCGCGCCCGGAGCGCAGCGGGGGAGCGGGGGCACCUUCCCCUUUGCUCUGCCCGGGCGCGCGUGUGUGAGUGUGUGUGCGCGCGUGUGCCCGCCCGCCGGGGUGUGCGUGUGUGUGUGUGUGUGUGUGUGUCCCUGUCUGCCUCUCGCUGCCCGCCCGCCUGCCUGCCGCCCGCGGGCGAGCCGUGAGCGCCGCCGCCGCCGCCGCUGCCCUUUGAUCCCGGCGUUAGUGUUAGUUAGGGGCCGGGAGGCGCGCGGGGCGCAGCCCUCGGCACCGCCGCGCCAGCCCUCGCCCCGGCACGGCGCCCGGCGCCCGCUCGCCCGCCGGGAGCACAUCCCCGGCCGCUGAGGGAUACUGCGACCGGGGACAAGCCAGGUGCACGACCGGGUUGGGGGGGGGGGGGGGGGGGGGAGGAAAAAAGAAAGAGAGAGGGGGAGACGGAGCCCUUCGCGGUGGCUCCGGGAAAACCGGCUUCAGCCCCCUUUCCCCCGGCGAAGAGGGAAAACCCGCCCCGGUUAGCGGCUCCCCUGGGGGCCCCGGCUUUGUGGCUGGCUGUGCCCCCCCCUCCCGGUCUUAUUUGAUCUCCCGUUAAACCAAGGAGGAGAAUGUGAAAAAAGGGGGAAAAUGCCCAGGAGGAAGCAGGAGCAGCCCAAGCGCCUCUCUUCACAUGGUACCAGACAGGAAGAAGUGGAAGGUGAACUCAGUGAAGAAGAACGCUGGUUCGGAAAUUCUUCGGAAACUCCUUCAGAAGCCUCAUAUGGAGAAGUCCAGGAGAACUUUAAGUUGUCUCUUGAGGACAGAAUCCAAGAGCAGUCCACUUCCCCAGACACUUCUUUGGGAAGUGCAACUCCUAGCAGCAACACAGCAGAGCUGGGAUCCAUUGAAACUGAAGCACUAAGAGACACAUUACAGAGCAAAGAGCACCUUUCUCCUGAUGUGUCAUCUCUGUGUGAAGAAGAACCUCCUGGUCCAAAUAAGCCACUGAGUAGUAACCUGAGGCGGCUACUGGAGGCUGGCUCCCUCAAGCUGGAUGCUGCUGUUACAGUCAAUGGCAGAGUUGAGUCCCCUGUAAAUCUUGGCUCAAAUCUCUCCUUCUCUCCGCCUGCUCAUCAUGCCCAGCAGCUAAGUGUUCUUGCCAGAAAGCUUGCUGAGAAACAGGAUCAAAGUGACCAAUACAAUGCAAGUAGUCACUUUAUAUGGAAUCAAGGUAAGUGGUUGCCAAACUCAGCCACCACCUGUGGUUUGUCCCCUGAUUCAGCUAUCCUGAAACUGAAAGCUGCAGCCAAUGCCGUUCUGCAGGACAAAUCUCUUUCAAGGACUGAAGACACUAUAAGAUUUGAAUCCUUUUCCUCACCUUUUAGUUCUCAGUCAGCCAGCUCCACAUUGGCAGCUUUAUCUAAGAAAGUGAGUGAAAGAAGCAUGACUCCUGGGCAGGAGCACCCGCCUCCAGCUAGUUCUUUCCUUUCUCUGGCUUCCAUGACCUCUUCGGCUGCCCUUCUCAAGGAGGUUGCUGCAAGGGCUGCAGGCACCCUGUUGGCUGAGAAGAAGAAAUCACUGGUUGCUGAGGAUCCCCUGCAGCUUUCAGACAUGAAGCAAGAGAAAGCAACUCCACCACAGUCUUUGGAAUUACUGUUACUGCCAGUCCCUAAGGGAAGAGCGUCCAAACCCACUAGUACAGCCUCAGAGGAAGAAGGAGGAAAACCUUUCCAGUGUCCAAUCUGUGGUUUGGUUAUCAAGAGGAAGAGUUACUGGAAACGGCACAUGGUGAUUCACACAGGUUUGAAAAGUCAUCAGUGUCCACUCUGUCCGUUUCGCUGUGCACGCAAGGACAAUCUCAAAUCACACAUGAAGGUUCAUCAGCAUCAAGACAGGGGUGAGACCUUUCAAUGCCAGUUAUGCCCUUUUACCUCCUCCCGCCACUUCAGCCUGAAACUUCAUAUGCGUUGCCAUCAACAUUUCCUCAGGACAGAAUCCAAAGUGAAGGAGGAAAUACCAGAAACUGAGGUGAAGGGGUCACCACAGCUAAAUAGUGACUCCUGCCCAGGACCACAGAGGGAAGGAGGUGGACCUGACCUUACGGGAUCAGCAUCGGUAUCUAAAACACCUGAUGUGGCUGGGCAAUCUAGCGGAGGCAUUCCACCUUUACUAGUGAAAGAAGAGCCCAAAGAUGACAGUGGCAUCUCAGCUGUACCUUUUGCUCUUAGCACUGUCGACAGAGCCCCCAACAACACAAAGCUGAAAGACUCCUCUGAUUUUGUGGCCAAUACAGCAUCGGCACUGUUCAGCCAAGACAUCUCUGUCAAGAUGGCAUCAGAUUUUCUUAUGAAGCUGUCAGCUGCAAAUCAAAAAGAGCCCUUGACUCCUAAAUUUAAAGUGAAAGAGGAGCCUAAGGAUGAAGAAGCUGCAAGUUCAGCCUUGUCUCAGUCCAGCUAUGUGUUCAGCCAGGAGUCCGAAGCCUCAGCUCCAAAUGUCCCUGAGGAGAAACUCAAGCCACAGGAAGCGCAGGCAAAUGUGAUGAGGCAGGACAUGUCAGUCAAGGCAGCAUCUGAGCUCCUCAUGAAGCUCUCAGCUGAGAGUUACAAGGAAACCCAGAUGGUAAAGAUAAAGGAAGAACCAAUGGAAGUUGACAUUCAUGAUUCGCAGGCUUCAGUGUCACCCAGCCAACCCAGCCAAAAUGUUGGCUACAGCACUUUAUUAGGGCGAGACAUUAGUGAACACAUACAGAAGGCACCAGAAGGUCGUGUGCUCCCAGAAAGAAGUCUAUUCAGCCAAGAUAUAUCAGUGAAGAUGGCAUCCGAGCUGCUCUUCCAGUUAUCAGAAAAGGUGAGCAAAGAGCACAACCACAAUAAAGAUAACGCCAUCAGAACUACAGCCAGCCCUUUCUUUUCUGAAGACACAUUUAGACAAUCACCGUUCACUUCCAACUCAAAAGAUCUCCUGCCUAAUGAAACUACUCUUCAUGGAAGGACAGCUGCACCAGAAACAGAAAAGCUGGGGCUGGAGGUGGGAAAUGGAUUGCCAUCCUGGAAAUUUAACGACCAGCUCUUUCCCUGUGACGUGUGUGGAAAAGUGUUUGGUCGACAGCAGACUCUGUCCCGGCAUCUCUCACUGCACACAGAAGAGAGAAAAUACAAAUGCCACUUGUGCCCCUAUGCUGCUAAGUGCCGUGCUAACCUGAACCAGCACCUGACCGUCCAUUCUGUGAAGCUGGUGAGUACAGACACUGAGGACAUUGUCAGCGCUGUCACUUCUGAAGGCAGCGAUGGAAAGAAGCACCCUUAUUACUACAGCUGUCAUGUGUGUGGGUUUGAGACGGAGAUGAAUGUCCAGUUUGUCAGUCAUAUGUCCCUCCACGUGGAUAAAGAGCAGUGGAUGUUCUCUAUUUGCUGCACAGCAUGCGAUUUUGUCACUAUGGAAGAGGCAGAUAUGAAGGCUCAUGUCAACAGCAAGCACACAGCUGAAGAGAGGAAGACACCCAGUGAAUCUAACAGUCCAUCUUCAUCUUCGCUGUCAGCGCUGAGCGACUCUGCCAACAGCAAAGAAGAUGCAGACAUAACCCCCAAAACCAAGGGUUCAAACAACCUGCUAGUCAUUUCUGUAGUGCCUGGUAGUCAGACCUCAGUGAACACUGAAGAGAAGUCAGAGAAAGGCUUUGAAUGUGUUUUCUGUAACUUCGUCUGCAAAACAAAAAAUAUGUUUGAGCGCCAUCUGCAAAUCCACCUGAUCACACGGAUGUUCGAAUGCGAUGUGUGCCACAAGUUCAUGAAGACACCUGAACAAUUACUGGAGCACAAGAAAUGCCACACUGUCCCCACCGGUGGGCUCAAGUGCCCAUUCUGCAUCUACUCCACUAACCGCCCCGCAGCAAUGGAGUGCCACCUGAAGACUCACUACAAGAUGGAGUACAAGUGUCGGAUCUGCCAGACGGUGAAAGCAAAUCAGCUGGAGCUGGAGAUGCACAUCCGAGAACACCGCCUUGGCAACCAUUACAAGUGCGACCAGUGUGGCUACCUGUCCAAGACGGCCAACAAGCUGAUUGAGCACGUGCGUGUCCACACCGGUGAGCGCCCUUUUCACUGUGACCAGUGCAGCUACAGCUGCAAACGCAAAGACAAUCUCAACUUGCACAAGAAACUGAAGCAUGCUCCACGCCAGACUUUCAGCUGCGACGAGUGCCUGUUCAAGACUACCCAUCCUUUUGUCUUCAGCCGCCACGUGAAGAAGCACCAGAACGGGGACUGCUCUGAAGAGGAGAAGAAGGGCCAGUAUUCAACCUCCAAGGAAGCCAGUCCACUCCUACCCGUGAACAGCUCCAGAAACCUCCUGUCACCCCUCUCAGUUAUGUCUGCCUCCCAGGCUCUGCAAACAGUGGCUAUGUCAGCUGCACACGGCAGCGGGGCAGAGCCAAACUUGGCAGUGAAAGCCCUGGCCAUCAACGGCACUUCCCUGUGCUUUGAUAAAUACUGGAACUCGGAGUUUGCCCACCUUAUUCCUUUAACAAUGUUUUUCCCCAAAAACCACUACGAUCUCACAUUCCAUCCACCCAGACCUCAGACUGCACCGGGAGGUGCCUCUUCACCUAAACACUCCUUCCUUGCCUACCUUGGACUAACAGAAAGGGCAGAAACUGUCUGAGGGCAGUUACAUUCUGUACCAAAAAUACCCCAACAAACCCAGCAGGUAGACAUUGCUGCAAAACGUAGACCGAAGAGGUAACGAACACUUGUACUAUAUCAUUAGUAACGUUUAGAAAAUGGCUCUGUGUGUAUACUUAUUGCAUUGACAUGAAAGCUGCUUUAUUAAAUCUUCAAGAGGUGACCUACUGCAUACUUCUACCUUCAGAGGCAUGUUCCCAGUACUCUUAUCUAAGAAACUAUUUUGUCUUGUUAAGCUGAAAAAGAGUGUCCUUAAUGGCAAUCAGCACUUGUAAGAUUACAUAUUGAUGCAUUUUAUUUUUGGGGCUUUGCGUGCGUGCGGGUGCGUGAAAGAGAGUCUGCCUGUAGCGUGCCAUGACAUUGCUUUUGCACAUCCCUUAUAUUGGCUUAUUUAAUUAUUAUUCUUUUCCCCUUUCACACACUUGCUCCCUCCCUUCCCUCCAUCUCCCCCUGAACUGUAGAGUUGUGGAAGGAGUAACGCUUGGUUCAGGGUGGAUUGGUGUAUUAUUUCAGUGCUGUUUGCAGCUUCCUUUAGUUGUUUGAUGCCUUGCACUUAGCUGUCAAGGUUUGAGGAUUUGGGGUAGAACUGAUGAGGAAAAAGUUGCUUUCAGCACUGCAGGAUGACAAUAUGACAAUGAAAAGCGUGUGUAUGUACACACGCAUACGCGUAUGUAGUGUGUGCAGUCUACACACCCACACAGCAGGCCCAAUUCUUAACUGUUACACAGGUGUAGCAAACACCUGCGUCUGGGCCAUAGCAUACAUCUUUUGUUUUAAAAGGGCAUAUAAAUAUUAUAUAUAUAUAUAUAUAUAUAUACUGUAUUAUGCAGUGGUUACCUUUUAGUUUGCAGGAACAACUUGUAUAACUAGAAUUCUAUGGUGGAAGAAAUCCAACAAGGGGAUUAAAAAAAAGGGUAUGGAUAAAUUCUGGGUAUAAAUACUCAGACUAAAAAAAAAAAGGCAGUUUUGCACAGUGCUUUAGUCUUGCACUAGUUUGUUUCUCACUUGCAAAAAAAAAAAAAGAAAAAAAAUAAAUCUGUGGGCUGAAGGUAAGACGACCGUUUAUUUGAAAAGGUACCAGUAACUUCUUUGAAAUAUAAAGCUAUAAAAAGAUGCUGUUUGAACCAUACAGUUCUCUUUUAUAUCCUCAGUAUUUCAAUUGUACUUGCAAAUUCUACAGUCCUACCGAUACCCUCCAUGUUAUUAGUAAUACUUUGUUCCUUUUUGUUAAAGGCAGAUAGAGUGUACACUCUGCUAGGAAGCUAACUUUAUACUUAUUUAACACUCCUACUUGUGGUCAUUAAAAUGACAUGUAUGUAGCACUUUAUUGCAGGAAAAAGCAAAUGCGGAUUGGUUGUAUAACCUUUGUUAAUCUCAAAAUGCCAAGAGUGAUCUUAAGAGAAGCUAACCGACUGUUAAUUGACUUGUGUUUCUUAGACAACUUAAUAUCCAGGAAGAAAGAUCAGGAUUAAAAAUACUCUGCAUUAAAAUUGGAAGUAUAAAAUAUGAAACAUUUCAAAAUUACCAUGUGACUUACAGGAAUGCUUUCUUACUGGAUUAUUGUUUUCCAUGGUGUCUCUUGGAUUCGGAUCUCGCCGUCUUUCACCAGGUAUUAGAAAUGUCUGACCUAGCUUUUGUCAGAGUCCCCUCUCUGUCCCUUGGCCGAGCCACUGUAGGAGGUGCCCUGAGUCACAUCUACCGUGCUAUCCACCCACCCUCAUGCUGCCCUGAAGGAACCUCUUCUGCAGGUUGUUGUGGGACGGGGGGAAUCCAACAGGCCAGUUGGAGCCAACCCCUUGUUCGUGACAGCACUAAAGCAACGCCCCAGUUCAGGAAGGCACUUCUGGUCCACAAGGGCUCUUAGCCAUAUGCACAACUAGAAACAUAACUCAAUUUUCAUUAGCUCUUAAAUGAAGCUUGUGUAGAAAUACUUUUUUGAUGCAAAACUUGCAUCCUUUAACCUGUUUGCAAGAUUCCUACAUUUGUUUUGCACUGAGAUGGCCAAACAUUCUCCACUAUCAUGACCAAACUCUUCCUGUUGGGGGAGGACAUCCUGAUCUGUGCACUCCUGUUAACAUACUGGAAGCUAUUUACAAGGGGGAAAUAUCAAAAAUAGUAGCAGAUUAUCAUUUGGAAUUACUAAUUAAAGGACAGAGAAGUCCCACCAUUUUGUUUACAUUCCAGCAGACAGUUUUGGUUCUAACGAGCAUGUGGCAGUUCUGUCUGUCUCCACAGUAAAGAAAAGCCAUCUGUUCCAAAGUAUGUAUAAACCUUUGUAAACAACCUACGUAACUCAGGGCCCUGUUUGCCAUGCUUUACUCCAUCAGAACUCCUGGUAACUCCCCACCCCCGGAGUACAGACGACAUAGAAAAUGGUGUAUUAAUAAAUACUCAAAGCAUAAAAAAAUUGAGUAUCUUGACAGCAUGAAAUAUGCAAUCUGCAUCCAGAAACUAUACCAGUUCUUUAAAAUACACUCAAUGCAUAUAUCUCUGACCCCACCAUAGAAGAGCAAACACUUCCAAAUCAAAAAGCUUAUUUUCCAAACCAACAGGUAAAGUACAGCUGUCUAGGAGGAAGAAGUAGGAAUAUUAGUAGGACGCUUUACGUAAACCAAACGGCAGUUUAAAUAGGGCUGGAACUUCUAAGAAUGAGCUGUCAGCAUGCGACCGCCACAUGUUUGACAAUGUUCCACUGAAAUAGUAAUGUUCAAUGUACCUGGGAAAUUUGUUUAGCACUUUGGAAAGGAUAAAUUAAUUCUUUCUGGCAAGUUAUAGAAGUAUUCUCUGUAAGGAAAAGUGUGUUAGGAGGUUUUUAUUUUUUUAAGGAAAAAAAAAAUACAGUAUUUAUCAGAGCUCAUGCAUAUUAAAAUAAUUGGUUUGCAGUUCAAGGCUAAAGAAAGGAAUGUUCUCCAGAGGUUCCCCUACCGACUAAUGACCAACAGUUCUGAUAAAUUCCCCCCCCCACCAUAAAGGUAAUUUCAUACUGGUUUUCACUAUGCAUUCUUUAACAAAAGCUAGUGUGUUUUUCCAUUUGGUAAUUCAGUUAAAGUUCUCAGCACUUUUUUCUUUCUUCUGUCUUUUUUUUUACUUGUAUUAUGUUCAAAUAUCAUUCUGUCAAGGUUUGUGUACAUUAAUAAAAAUUUGUAUUGUAUAAAGCUUUUUGCAUUAUAAGGCUGUACAGGGUCAUUUUGACAGUAACUGGUAUAUUUCUUUGCAUCUUACGUUGCAUUGCCAAUUUCUAGUGUAUCCAGUUUGGAAGUACAAUAUACUCUAAUUAAAAAGGUUGGCUAUA